AUGGGAAUCCUGGCUCGUCGUAGGAAUCCCAAACUAUCUAAUGAGAGAAAAGGUCUAGGGGGUGUAGGUGAAGGUGGUUACAUUGCCGAAUUUAUAACCUUUAUUCUCCGACGACUGCUACCCGAUAUCAUUAAAUACAACAUUAAAAUUGUCACCAACGCCGGAGGGUUGGAUCCUGUGGCAUGCAAAUUGGCGAUUGAGAAAGUUGUGAAAGAAAUUGGUGUCGAAGAAGGGAAAGUUGUCGUUGCUGCGAUUACUGGUGAUGACCUAUUGAGUCAAGAAUAUGGAGGGAAAGGUGAUGUCCGUGAAUUCAGUCACAUUCACGGUAACAAAGAGGAUGCCGAGUUCUUUCCCGAUGACGAAAAAGAGAUCAUCUCGCUCAAUGCAUAUCUCGGGGCUAUUCCGAUUGCGAAUGCAUUGGACUCUGGUGCUACCCUGGUAGUCACUGGCAGAUGUGUGGAUAGCGCCUUGGUCCUGGGUCCCUUGAUUCAUGAGUUCCGGUGGGAUCCCUCUCGUGAUUGGGAUAAGUUGGCGUCCGGAUCAUUAGCUGGGCACAUUGUGGAAUGUGGUUGUCAAGCCACCGGAGGAAAUUUCACGGACUGGGAGCAAAUCGCCUUUACCCCUGGUGGAGGAUGGUCGAACAUGGGCUAUCCUAUUGCUGAAUGUUUUUCAGACGGGGAAUUUGUGAUAACAAAACCCAAAGAUACUGGCGGACUCGUGACGCCGGCAACAGUUGGCGAACAAAUGUUGUAUGAGACACUGGAUCCUGGCUCGUACAUUUUGCCCGAUGUAAUUUUAGACAUGAGAAAUGUGAAAUUGAAACAGAUAGGUGAGAAUAGGGUGUUGGUGACCGGAGCGAAGGGAAGGCCUCCAACUAAAUUCUUAAAGGUCUCCGGAAUAUACGCGGACGGAUACAAAAUGACUGGGUCAUUGGUCAUCGGAGGGGUUGAUGCGCGGAAAAAGGCAAUUGCCGUGGGAAGCGCAAUUCUAUUGAGAGUGCGCAUGUUGUUAAUGAAACUUAAAAUGGCGAAUUUCCGCGAUGUCAAUAUCGAUAUAUUGGGAGCCGAGCAUACUUAUGGGCCUCAUGCAAGGAAUCGUGAUACGCGCGAAGUUGUCCUGAAUAUUACGGUUCAUCACGAAGACAUACGCGCGUUAAAAUACUUUGGAAUGGAACUUGCCCCGGCUGCUACGUGCAUGGCACCGGGAGUCACAGGAGGGGUAACGGGUCGACCUCAUCCUUCUCCGCUUCUCGUACAUUUCUCAUGCCUUAUUUCGAAAAAUGAAGUUUCGGCGAUGGUCACAGUUGGCAAAAAUCCUUCCUUGACUGUAUUCUUCGAAUGCCCUACUCUUGAUGGAAGCGAAAUACCCCCUCCACUACAGUAUGGUGAAGGACAUGAGAAGAGUGUUGGAGAUGAUACAUUAGUCAAAGUGCCAUUGAUAAGAUUGGCAUGGGGACGAAGCGGGGAUAAGGGCGAUACUUGCAAUAUUGGAGGCGGAGGACUGAGUUCUCUACGCAUUGACAGACAAGGGAAAACAUAUGCGCAAAUGCUAUUAAGCUUCGAAGUUGGCAUACCACCGGAAUGGCUUGCCAAACUUUAG